UUGUGCACGUCACGUCACGUCAUUAAUGUCAAUAUCUGCUAUCAAAAUACUUAUCCCAAAAUUUUAUAUUGUUUUCAUGAGAAAUUGAAUUGCAUUGUAAAAUGGAAUCUUAUGAAAGUGUUAUUCUGGUUAAGAAUGAAGUGUUUGUGUUUAAAAUACCCCCUAAAACUUCAAACAGAGGCUAUAGGGCAGCUGAUUGGAACUUGCAAGAGCCACAAUGGACGGGGCGUAUGCGACUUGUCGCCAAAGCAGAAGAACUGAUUAUGAAACUGGAAGACAAGACUUCUGGAGAGCUGUUUGCAAAAUGCCCCAUUGACAAAUAUCCGGGGGUAGCUCUCGAGUCCGUUACUGAUAGCUCACGAUACUUCGUCGUGAGGAUUCAGGAUGAUAAUGGUAGAACUGCUUACAUUGGUCUUGGAUUUGGUGAUCGAUCGGAUUCAUUUGACCUAAAUGUCGCUUUGCAAGACCAUUUCAAAUGGCUAAGAAAAGAACAGGAAGGAGAGCAAGCUCCUCAGCAGAAUUUAGAUUUGGGCUUUAAAGAAGGGGAAACAAUAAAAAUCAACAUGAAAAUUACUAAGAAGGAUGGCAGUGAAGGCAGUAAGCCCCGCCGCGGUGUCGGCGCAGGAGGCGGAGGCCUGUUACCGCCCCCACCAGGUGGCUCCCGGCUGCCACCCCCACCAUCACCACAGCAUGCUCCUUCACCAUCCGCUGCUAUUGCUCCACCUGCUGCUAAUUCUGAAUGGGGUGACUUCAAUUCUGCCAGUGCUCCAAGUCAACAACAGCCCGUGACGCCAGCUAAUCAACAGAACUGGGUGCAGUUCUAAGCUCACUUUAUUACUAUGCUAUUGUGAUUUGGUGUCUGUUGUAGGAUGGCACUCACGUGUGUUGCACAAUACUUAAAAUUACUUAAUUAUGUAGGCAUAUUAUAUCAACAGCUCUCGUAUUCAUUCUGUAGUAAGUUUAAAUCAAAUAUCAUUAUUGUUAUAGGGUAAAUGUUAUUGAUACUAUGAGAUGCCAGAUCACAAUAUAAACUUACGCAAUAAAUACUAUUAAUUGAUGUACUUUAUUAUCUGUAUAUGUUGUAAAACUAAGUAUAAUUACUUAGAUUAUGUGGUAGAAUAUUUUUGGCUCUAUAUAAUAUUGUUGUUAUCGUAUGUUGUUGAACAGUGCAUGUCAUAGACACUAUGUAAAUAGUUGAAAACUAAAACAAAUAUCACACUAUGCUAGUUGCUAUUACUAUAUAUUAUUAAUGUUUAAACCUUCUCUUACAAAAUAUAAACCCCAGAUCUGUAUUUUUGUCAUUUGUGACAGAUGUACAAAUAUAAAAAAGUAUGUAAAAGUUAUCAUUACCUAUACAUUUGUUUUUUUAUUUUCUAAAGAAUAACGAUUGUUUUAAGAUUGGUUUUAGGCACAAUCUUAAAUGUCUUCAAUGUUAAAUUCCGAUAUGUAGCAAGUAUUUAUUUUGUAAUUAAAAAUACAUUCUGAAAUUGAGUAGUAUAAAGUAGUAUAGGUACUUAUCGAUUGUAAAUUAAAAAUCAAUGUAACCAGUGAGUAUUAUAAUACAGUCUUAUGAAUGAGAGCUUUGAACUCUUGACCCAGACAGCUACUUGCUUUAGUUUCUUACACAACCAACACUUCAAUCUCGAAUAAGGUAUUUUAUCGUAAAAAUAUUGUUUUAGGUUCAGAGUAACAGAAUGAAAUAUAAAUUUAACCGUU